AAAAACAUUUAAUCAAAAUGCGCGAUGCAAAUUGGAGGAUCUGUGAGAACGAAAUUUGCAUUGCUCGGCGGCUGUCGUAUUCUGUUUCAAUUAUUACACAUGAAGCGAAAUAAAAGCAAUGCAGCGCGCGCUGCCAAAAAGAAACCGAAAAAGACCGAAAGUAGUGGCAGCAGCAAUGAAAGCCAGAGCGGGAGCGGAAGCGGUGAAGAAACAGUUACAAUUACGCCAGAAAAAAAGACAAAGCCAAGCUACAACAGUUUUGAGCAGUUUCUCAGUCACGUGCAGGAUCAACGUCUCAAAGCUGCUGUUAAUGUACAUGAAUUUGCCUUCAGAAAGAAACGAGUUCGUGUUUUGAGUUCGGCUAGCGAUGUCAAGGAGAAUUGCAAUGGAGGCGUCGUCUACUGGAUGUCACGAGAUGCGCGCGUUCAAGACAAUUGGGCGCUGCUAUUCGCCCAGCGGCUGGCAUUGAAACUGGAGCUGCCUUUAACGGUGGUAUUUUGCUUAGUGCCGAAAUUUCUGAAUGCUACCUUAAGGCACUACAAGUUCUUGCUGGGCGGCUUGCAGGAGGUGGAGCAGCAAUGCCGGGAGCUGAACAUCUCAUUCCACCUAUUGCUUGGGCCAGCUGCUGAGCGGUUGCCCCAGUUUGUUAAAGACCAGAAAAUAGGCGCUGUAAUUUGUGACUUUUCACCGCUGAGGCUGCCGCGCCAGUGGGUCGACGAUGUGGUCAAAGCUCUACCAGUUCAUGUGCCGCUUACGCAAGUUGAUGCCCACAAUGUGGUACCGCUCUGGGUGACCUCCGAUAAGCAAGAGUAUGCAGCGCGCACGAUUCGCAACAAGAUAAAUUCGAAAUUGAACGAAUAUCUAACAGAGUUUCCACCGCUGAUAAAACAUGCGUAUGGCAAUGCCAAUGGGAGUCGAAGUGUGGACUGGACUGCAGCAUACGAGAUGCUUAGCUGCGACAAGUCUGUGGAUGCUGUGGAGUGGGCCAAGCCGGGCUACACAUCUGCCUGCAGACAGCUCUACGACUUCUGUACACUCCGCCUGCGACACUUCAAUAACAAACGCAAUGAUCCCAUGGCGGAUGCUCUGUCUGGUCUGUCGCCCUGGCUGCACUUUGGUCAAAUAUCCGCGCAACGUUGUGUCCUGGAAGUGGGCCGUUAUAAGACCAUCUAUAAAGAAUCGGUGGAAGCCUACUGCGAGGAGGCGAUCGUGCGUCGGGAGUUGGCUGACAACUUCUGCUACUACAACGAGCAUUACGAUAGUCUGAAGGGUUUAUAUAGCUGGGCAUACGAAUCUCUUCAAGCGCAUCGCAAGGAUAAGCGCAGCCCUUGCUAUAGUCUGGAAGAACUGGAGCACUCGCGCACCUACGACGACUUGUGGAACUCGGCCCAGCUACAGCUGGUGAAGGAGGGCAAAAUGCACGGUUUCUUGCGCAUGUAUUGGGCCAAAAAGAUUUUAGAAUGGACCGAAACGCCGGAGCAGGCGCUAGAGUAUAGCAUACUAUUGAACGAUAAGUACAGUCUGGAUGGGCGCGAUCCGAAUGGCUACGUUGGUUGCAUGUGGUCCAUCGGUGGCAUUCACGACCAAGGCUGGAAGGAACGCGCGAUAUUCGGUAAGAUUCGCUAUAUGAACUAUCAAGGCUGCAAGCGCAAGUUCGAUGUCAAUGCCUAUGUUAUGCGCUAUGGCGGAAAGGUGCACAAGAAAAAGGAGGGUUAAGGAAAUCCAGAAUCUCUAUAUGAAGGUUGCUAUGCUUAGCUAUAUU